GCAUUUCUGUUUCCCGGGCUGCUUCUGCGAACGCCAUCCUGGAUCACUUGUUUCACAUAGCAUUGCGACAAUGUUCUCCACACGCCUCUUUCGACCUGCACAGCAGCUCUCGAGUCACGUUCGAAGAUACGCUUCCGAAGCACCAAAGUCUGGGGGCGGCAAUGGACUCCUCAUCGGAGGCAUUGCUGCGGCAGCACUAGGCGGUGGCUACUACUUCAUGUCAGGCACAAAAGACCCAGUCGCAAAGGCAGAGGAGCUCACGGCAGCUGCAUACGAGAACAAGCCUCCAUCGAUGGGAGGUCCGCCAGACAAGGUCUUCAUCGGCGGCGACCAGGGCUUCGUCAAGUUGAAGUUGGACAAGUCUGAGUCCGUGAGCCACAACACCAAGAGGCUGCGAUUCGCAUUCGAGAACCCAGAUGCAGUCAGCGGACUUCCCGUAGCCAGCGCACUCAUUACAAAAUUCAAGGGCCCAGAGGAUGAGAAGCCAACAAUCAGACCAUAUACACCAGUCAGCGACGAGGAAGAGCGAGGUUUUUUGGAUCUGCUCGUGAAGCAGUACAAGGGAGGUCCAAUGUCCACACACUUGCACGAGAUGGAGACAGGUCAAACACUCGAGUUCAAGGGACCUAUUCCCAAAUAUCCCUGGGAAGCCAACAAGCACAACCACAUCGCGCUUCUCGCUGGUGGAACCGGUAUCACUCCAAUGUAUCAACUCUGCCGACAAAUCUUCAAGAACCCAGCGGACAAGACAAAGGUAACGCUAGUCUUUGGCAACGUCACUGAGGAGGACAUUUUGCUCAAGAAGGAAUUUCAAGAUCUGGAACAGCAGUUUCCACAGCGAUUCCGUGCAUUCUACGUCCUUGACAACCCACCGAAGGGUUGGAAGCAGGGAAAGGGCCACAUCACCAAGGAUCUGCUCAAGACCGUGAUGCCAGCUCCUGACGAGGAGAACAUCAAGGUGUUUGUUUGCGGACCACCUGGUCUAUACAAGGCCAUCUCGGGCGCGAAGAAGAGCCCGGCUGACCAGGGCGAGCUGAGCGGCAUCCUGAAAGAACUUGGUUACGAGAAGGACCAGGUGUUCAAGUUUUAAGGCAGAUGUCAUCAGCGACCAUGUACAGAUACCUAGAGCACGAUCGUGCAUGUUACAAUAGAGUAAAGAGCCAUCUGUUUGCGUUGGAUAAGACUGGCGCUCACGCUUCGAUCAGGCUGUUCUGUGGAGCAUGUCGACUGGACACGACGUGAAAACGAUAACGGAGCAGCAAUGCGACACUUCCGAAUGGUUGAUCAAUUCAUG